CUCGUUUUAAUUAGGUAAAAUAUUAUGAAAAAAAAGUAAAAUAGUGCAACAGUCAAAUCACUACCGGACUCGUCUUACGAACCGCACAAAGUAGGUAAGUAUAGCCCCCCCCCCCCUCUGGGCGUAGAACAGAGUUAGGCAAGCUAUGGCGACAUCUCCAUGAGGAUUAACAAGCCGCGGAGAAGAAAUCGAGUCUAGAAGUAGAUCUUCACGCUUCCCAAGGGAAGAAAACCCAAGAGAAGGCCCCCUCCCCCUUUCACGCUGCAACGAGUGUUCCUAGUGGUUCGUACAGGAAUUGGCCCGAUUCAAGUUCCAGUCUGCCAGUUUAGAACGCCUUCCGCAAGUUACAGUCACGGGAACAUUCCGAUCCAAGUUAAACCCAUUUCCCAGUCCCUCCAAAUUUCCAACUUUCGACAUCGUCCUUCCCAUCCCCCGCGCCUCACCAAAUCUGGCCCUCUCUAUUCUUCCCCUCGCCUCGAUUGUUCUACUCUUCUUCCUCUCUUUCUUUCCGUCGCAUCUUUGUCGCGAGCGGAACCUGGCAAAUCAACCGAACUACAUCAAUUCCCGCCUUCCCCGCAGCCGAACAAGUCUGCCGCCCUCCAACUCUCCACUCCCGAAUUCAGCUGCUCCCGCAAACCGUUGCGGCAUUUUUCCUGCCUGUUCCUGUCGCCUAAUUCUGUCGCUUCAAAGCUUCUCCCGCCUUACCACACCAAAAUCCGAGACUCUUCAAUGCGUCAGAUUUUUGCGGCCUCGUCUUACUUCGAGUCGAUUGUACCCCGUUACACCCGUGACUCAACCCAAUACCUAUCCUCCGUACCCCCGCCAGCAUUAGUCGCAAGCGCGCGACAAUAAGGUCCCGAUUCCGCCACCCACGAUUCACGACAGGUCUCGGCGAUCUCGGUGGAAUUAGAAGCCAAAGACACAGUCGGCGUGAGUUUGCGACCGUUCGUUUCGUGUCAGAACUCCGAGUUUGCGUCAGUGCGCCAGUUACGAUACGUGGAUCCGCCCGUCCGGAAUAAACUGAAGAGUGCGCGAAUGGUCCCGGUGCCUCUACAGAGCGAGAUCUUGAGAUCAAGACAGUAAGAGGUGCUCUAGAACAGGCCUCUGAGCCUUUAAACGAAUUUGUCGAAAAUCGUAUCCCUUGGACGCGUGAUACCGAGCACCCUUACCCCCACCUCCCGUGCCUGGGGGAAUACAUGACGAAAUGAACGUGGAAGCCAAGGACGGCUCCCAAUCUCCCGCAGACCCAAGUGGUGGCGAUCGCGAUUCCGCUGAUGCCACCGAACACUCGGAACAGAUGGAUUCUGUUAGAGAUAAGACGAACGGCGACGGUAUCAAAACCGAGAAUGGCCGAAAAGCUGCGAACGCGAAGGAUCCUUCGCGACCGCGCCGGAAGAAGGCCCGGCGGGCAUGCUUUGCCUGCCAGCGAGCUCACUUAACAUGCGGCGAUGAGCGACCCUGCCAACGUUGUAUUAAGCGCGGCCUUCAGGAUGCAUGCCAUGACGGUGUUCGUAAAAAGGCCAAGUAUCUCCACGACGCCCCCGACGGAGCAUUGAUGCCCGGGAUAGGAGGAAACUUUUAUAACGGUGGCAGCAACGGCAAUGGAAUGCCCAAUGGUAUGCCGCAAUUAACCAGAAAUGGUUCCUCGUCUACACCGCAGCAACCGCAGCAACAGCAACAGCAGCAACAACAGCAGCAACAAACUCCAAGCACAGCCGGUUUUUACCCCACGCCUCAGCCACAACCUCAGCCGCAACCUGGAUCGUACAAUGUGUAUCCAGACAGCACCAUUAGCCAGAGCCCAUUCACCACACAGUCCCCGGUAUCACCAACGUUCAAUUUGAAAACCAGCACCAACGGUCGGAAUGCUAGCUUAUCCUCCACCGUGGGCCAACAGCCCACACCAAGCACGGCGCUCUCGGGGGAUACCAGCCAACAAAAUCCAAUUGCAGGGCCGUUUUUCGACCCGAGCGACCCGGCACUCUUCAACUUUGACCUGUCCAGCAUGAAUUUCGAGAAUCGCUAUGGUGCUCUCGAAUUCGGCAUGCUCGGUCACAUGGCUACCGGCGCGGGCGAUUCACCUACCGACUCGGCAGGGCAGCGAGGGUCGAUCGGCCGCAGUGGGUCUGCCCAGUUCUCCACUCCAGCUCCUGGCUUUGGUGAAAGUCCGGGGAAUCAACAGCCAUUCAUGUUUGGGGACCCCUUGCUCAAUGAUUGGUCGACUGGUCAAGCCUCGGGACAACCGCACGUGAACGUCAGCGGUGUAUAUGGUCAAAAUGGUAUGUUGCCCGGCCACAUGAAAGCAGAUGCGCCGCAUGCCUUUGCGAUCGAGAGCGGUCCAGCCAGCUUUGCCAGCCCUGGAUCUACGACGACUAGCCCGCAUGUGACGGUGGCCGGACUUGAGGAUGCGUCCGCGUUCAGCAACAACAACAAUGUACCAAAGUCGAGUAGCAACCUGGCGCCAAAUGGGCAGCGACCUCUGAUCACGACCCCGAGCCUAAAGCACCGUGAUCUACAGGUGGGCCCUCGGCGACGUCAUCGCAACCCCUCGUCGAUCUAUGAGAGUGUCAAGGAACCGUACGGCUAUACGGCGGGCUUCCAUAAUCUUACUGCUUUCAUCCAGCGCCGGUUCACCCCGCAAAAGACCGUGCGCAUCGCCAAAGCGCUUGCUUCCAUUCGUCCUUCCUUCAUUGCGACCACCAAAACCCUGAACAGGGAUGAUCUCAUCUUUAUGGAAAAGUGCUUUCAGCGAACACUUUGGGAGUACGAAGACUUCAUUAACGCCUGUGGUACGCCGACCAUUGUCUGCCGCCGGACAGGCGAGAUCGCCGCCGUCGGAAAGGAAUUCAGCAUCCUCACCGGAUGGAAGAAGGACGUCCUUCUAGGCAAAGAGCCGAACCUGAACGUCAACACGGGCGGAUCUGCCCCGCCUCAGUCUGGGACAACGUCACGAGGAAGCUUCACGCCGCGCAGCUCGACGCUCGAGAAUGCCAGUAGUGGCCGUCCUCAGCCCGUCUUUCUGGCGGAGCUGCUAGAUGAUGAAAGCGUGGUUGAGUUCUAUGAGGACUUUGCACGCCUUGCAUUUGGUGAUUCCCGUGGUAGUGUUAUGACGCGGUGCAAGUUGCUCAAAUACAAGACCAAGGAGGAUAUGGAAGGCGGGUCGGCUGAUGAACAUGGCAAGUGGAAUAAUCACUUGCGCAAGGGUGGGAUUGCCGGCGAAGCUGGUAUGAACCAAUUGGGCUUUAAAGACGGCAAGGUCGAAUGCGCGUACUGCUGGACAGUCAAGCGAGACGUGUUCGAUAUUCCGAUGCUCAUCGUGAUGAAUUUCUUACCGUGCAUUUGAUCGCUCCACCUUAGGAUGUUGGGUGAUUUUCCCUAUGACUUUUCUGUUCACCUUGCAUGACUUGUCUGGAUUUUUUCUUCAUACCCUCACUCGGCCUUUACCCCCCGAGUCUCCUGUCCCCGCUUCUUCUCUUGUUUCCCUUUAUCUUUCCUUGAUGCCUGCCAUUUUAUCCCGGUACAUAUUCUUCCUGGUUUUGGGAUUGUAUGAUUCCCCCUUACUCACCUGUUCGAGUAUCUUGUCUUGUGCCCUCUCAGUACAUAUCUCUACGGCCUGAUCUCCACGUCCCGGUCUUCUUGCCUUACCGGGCGUCUGUUGAUAUUCUUUGUUUCUUUGUUUAUUGUCCCUUUUCUUUUCUUUUUUACUUCUGUGGCGCUCAACAGGGUUGAAAAAAAAAUGAUAUCUCUGGGCUGGGAUUGUUCUAUUUAUGAUAUAAUGUCAUUGGUUUCUGGACGUCCAUGUUCGUUUCUUGGUCUUUGUCUCUUGGUAUAAGGGUUCAUCACCAUGGGCAAGCUUAUUUCUGAUUCAUUCAUCACCAACUACACUCGCUCGGUAGAUAUAAAUCCUUAAGAAAACGUAGCGACC